GAGUGCUUCCAUCUGGUGGUCCCCCGAACAUGCUGCCCCAGCUACAGCCCGUAUUCGCUACUCGCCUCGGCCAGCAUGUCUGCGCUCGACCGACCCCCGCCCUCUGUCCAACAAAAGCCGUCCUCGUCCUCCAUAGCGUUCUCCGUUCACCACAACGUUGACCACAUCAUCCAAUAUGGGUUCUUCAGCUUCUGUCCUCAAUCCCGACAACGACCUUCUUGACCUUCAUGGCAAAGUCGCCAUUGUCACCGGUGCAAAUGCUGGUAUUGGUUAUUGGACAGCUGCACAUCUGAGCAAACGCGGUGCUAAAGUCUACCUUGCUUGUCGUAAUGAGAGUCGAGCAACCGGCGCGAUCACCAGCAUCGAGGCCUGGAACACCUCCAAAGACCGGGGGUCGCUCAUCUACCACCAUCUCUCGUUAGAUGACCCUAGAGAAGCUAAAAAGUCUGCGGAGGAGUUCCUUGCCAAGGAGACAAGACUAGACAUUGUCGUCAACAAUGCCGGUUUACUCGCGUCUCCAUACGAGAAGACCAAAGAUGGAAUAGUCAACACGAUGGUGGUCAACCACCUCAGCCCGCUCGUGUUCACCCACACGCUUUCUCCGCUCCUCGAGAAAACAGCGAGCGAGCCCGAGAGCGAUGUCCGAAUUAUCAAUGUUUCUUCAUUGAUGCACAGCGCUAUCCGGGCCGGCCAGACGAAGUUCGACUCCAUCGAUUCUUUCAACGCUCGGUAUGAAGGAAGCUGGGUCCCACCCGAGAACCUCAAACGUUACGGUCUCACGAAGCUCGCCAACAUCCUCUGGACAAAUACCCUCCAAAAACAAUACGACGCCAAGAACGUCCCAAUCACUUGCAUAAGCAUGCACCCCGGUGGAGUCCUCACAGACUCGGCUCUUGAACGUCUCAAACAGUCCGCCAUCCCCCGUCUCCGGAUUGCCAUUUCUCGAUUAUUCGCAGAUGAACCGGAACAAGGUUCUUUUACGACUUUGUUCGCGGCGGCUAGUAAGGAGAUCGCGAAGGACAAAGGCAAGUAUAGGGCUAAAUAUUUGGCGCCGUAUGGGAAGAUUGUGGAACCUAGUAAGUUGGCCAAGGAUGAGACGUUGGCUAACAACCUUUGGGGGACUACUCAGAAGGUGUUGAAGGAGAUCUAUGGGAUUGAGGUUUAAAUCUGGUUGGAAGUUGUUAAUUGGCGGGCGGUGGUGGGAAGGGAUCAUUUCUUGGACUUUUUUCUAGACUCUAGAGUGUUGUCUUGUUCUUGUGCAUUAUACCCUACAUACCACUUGUUAUUCGUCGUCCACGUUAUGUCAUGACGUUACGCGUUAUUUGUC